UUCCCCCUCCCUCGUCUCUCUCUCUCUCUCUCUCUCUCUCUCUCUCUGUUCCUGUUCUGUGCGCACAUGGAGAUUUGUGUUUCCCUUUGACUGUUUGGCAACGGCGAGCCUCCACUGUGUGGAUUCCUUCCGAGUCUAACCAACUAUAAAUGGCGAUGAUCUCCUCUAACGCCCCGUCCGGCAGAAACAAGGCGCAGCAACAGCAGCAGCAGGAGGAAAUGGAGAGUUCCACCCAGGAAUCUCCGCUCAACCCUAACGCCUUCACCUUCGACUUGCCCCACCCCGUCUAUGCCAUGGCCUUCUCGCCUUCCCCUUUCGCGGUCGCCUCUUCCUGCUCCGCCGUCGCGGCCGCCUCUCCUCGCCUCGCCCUCGGCUCCUUCGUCGAGGAGUACGGUAACCGCGUCGACGUGGUGGCCUUCGACGAGGACGCCCUCGCCUUCCGCCCCGACCCUGCCCUCUCCUUCGAUCACCCUUACCCCCCCACCAAGCUCAUGUUUCACCCCAGUCCCCUCCCCCCGCUCCUCGCGUCCGCUUCCGAUUCCCUCCGUCUGUGGCACCUCGGGCCUGAAACCGCAGAGCUCCGCUCCGUCCUCGACAACAGCAAGUCCAGCGGCUACUGCGCCCCACUCACCUCCUUCGACUGGAACGACGAGGAGCCCCGCCGCAUCGGCACCUCCUCCAUCGACACCACCUGCACCAUCUGGGACGUCGAGCGAUGCGCCAUCGAGACCCAGCUCAUCGCCCACGACAAGGAGGUGUACGACAUCGCGUGGGGCCAGGCCGGCGUCUUCGCAUCCGUGUCCGCCGACGGCUCCGUUCGCAUCUUCGAUCUCCGUGAUAAGGAGCACUCUACCAUCGUGUACGAGAGCCCCCGCCCGGACACCCCCCUGCUCCGCCUCGCCUGGAACAAAGUCGACCGCUGCUACAUGGCCACCACCAUGAUGGACAGCAACCGCGUUGUCGUGCUCGACAUCCGCUCCCCUGCUGCCCCCGUGGCCGAGCUGCAGCGCCACCGCGCCAGCGUCAACGCCAUCGCGUGGGCGCCACAGGCCUCGCGGCAUAUUUGCUCCGCGGGGGACGAUGGCCAGGCUUUGAUUUGGGAAUUGCCCGCUGCCGCUGCGGCGGGUGGGUCCUCUGAGGCGGCGAUCACUGCGGCGCUACAAGGGAUCGACCCUAUGCUGGUCUACACGGCAGGUGCGGAGAUCAACCAGCUGCAGUGGUCUGCUGCUCACCACGACUGGGUUGGAAUCGCCUUCUCCAACAAGGUGCAGCUUCUGAGGAUCUGAGUCUCAUUGAUGAUAUCCAGACUUGAGGGUUGGACAGCUCACAGAAUUCAGCUUAUCCGUGAAGUCAAUGCCUAACUCCAGUUAUGGUUAGUUGGUUUAGGAAAUUCUUGUAUCAUUCAGGUUCUGUUGCAAAACAAGGCUGGGCAGUGGACUCAGAUGUGAUCUUAAAACUGGAUGCAGAAACAACUCCAGUUCACAGCUUGUCUGAAACUAGAUGGAAAACCUUCUCUAUGAUUUUUAAAUGACCUGUGCUUCAUUUGAUAUCAAGGAAAAGUGUACUCACUCAUAUGACUAACUAUAUUACCCUUGUUUUUUUUUCUUC